AACGGUUAGCCAAGAAGUACCAGGUGCCCUGCGGAUAAAAUAGUUCUCCUCGCCACAAAGAGUGCUUUCUUUUCGUCUUGCGGAAGUGUGACAAAAGGCCAGAAAUUAAAGAAGAGGAGCCACCCAUUCCAGAUCCAUCAUGAAGCUCCAACUAAUUGCGCUCGUUUGCAGCGCCCUCGCUUUGGCUGAGGCCCAAAACUAUCCGCAGCGCUUGACUAUUCCCGGAGCGGUGGCAUCACCUGGUCCACUGCCCCAGCGACAACCUGUUCUGCGUGUCCGUCGACCAGGACCUUCUCUGCGACAGCAAAAUGCCAUCCUGCCAGCGGUGACGCAGCGCAUUGCCCUCGAGGAACGUCCGGUGACGGAGGCAGCAGAGGAUGAGCAACCGGAGCCAUAUCUCCCGAAUCUUCUGCGCGAGCAGCAGUUGGCCCAGGCCCAGCAAUCGCAGUUCCAGCAGGCAGCUGCCGCCUUCUUGGCUGGCCAGCAACCCGUCGAGCAACCCUCGCCGGUGCAGCAGUUCCUUCAGAAUGAGGACUCCCAGCCAGCAGCCAUUCUGCCAGCUCCUCCUCGCUUCCCCGCCGAACGUCCAUCCAUUCCGGCUCCAUUGAACCGUCCCGCCGCCUUCAACGACUUUGGCAUCGGUCGGUUUGAGAACUCGCAGAGGUUCGGGCUGGAGCGACCCACUCCAACGGCAGCUGCGCCACCACCACCACCACCUCCACAGCCCCAACGAGUGGCUGUGAUCCGUACGAGACCAGCGACAGCCGCUGUUCUGCGUCCUGAGCCACCAGCACCACAGCCUGUGGCCAGACCACGCCCUAAGCCCGUCCAGCCGCGUCCCAUCAUCGAUCAGAACCAACUGCAGGACGAUCGCAUCGACCAGCAGCAGCAGCAGCGCCGCAAGCAACCCGUUUCCCAGACCAUUCGGAAGUGGCGCGAGGAGAACGAGGACGGAAGCAUCACAUGGGGCUACGAGAACGACGAUGGCUCCUUCAAGGAGGAGUUGAUCGGCACAGACUGCAUCACUAAGGGCACAUAUGGAUACGUUGAUCCAGACGGUAACAAACGAGAGUACCACUACGAAACGGGUAUCAAGUGUGACCCGAACAACCGAAACAACGAGGAGGAGCUGCAGGAGAACGGCUUCAUCAACUACGAGGAGAACCGCGCCGUGUUGCCCAACGGCCUGGAGAUCGACAUGACGCAGCUGGGCAAGAAGAAGUCGAAGCGCCCGAACGGCAUCUACAGGAACUGAUACUCCCCAGCACAUAUGUUUAGUCCCUUAAGUCAAAGCAGCUCGUAGGUCGUCUUACUUGUAUUCCACUUAUAAUUAUGUCAAGUGAAAAAUUAAAAAUGAUUAGAAUAGAUUGAAA